CCUCGCGAUCGAGAAGGACGCACUAUCCCCGCAUGCUUAUCAGUCUGUACGCUUGCAAAUAUAUAGGAAUUAACUUUUCUCUUUGCUCACAGACGGGAACGUAGUGGCGGUUAGGAGAUGGUUUUGCAGCAUUCGCCCAGCUAGCGACGAGCGUUUGUUCUUUCAUAACAUCAGCGAGCUGCAGUCACUGCAUACUGAACUGACUUCUUACAACAAUAAACACACGCAUCACAAAGACACGGGUACUCAAGUUGAAUAUGGACUACGAAAGACCCAAUGUAGAGACCAUCAAGUGUGUUGUUGUUGGAGACAAUGCCGUGGGGAAGACUCGCCUUAUUUGUGCCCGGGCCUGCAACACUACCCUGACCCAGUACCAACUGUUGGCCACCCAUGUACCCACCGUCUGGGCCAUCGACCAGUACAGAGUCUGUCAAGAGGUCUUAGAACGUUCCAGAGACGUUGUGGAUGACGUAAGUGUGUCCCUCCGGCUAUGGGACACCUUUGGAGACCAUCACAAAGACAGACGCUUCGCCUACGGGAGGUCUGACGUCGUGGUUCUCUGCUUUUCCAUCGCCAAUCCCAACUCCCUACACCAUGUUAAAACCAUGUGGUACCUCGAGAUCAAGCACUUCUGUCCACGCACACCUGUCAUCUUGGUCGGUUGCCAGCUGGACUUGCGCUACGCUGACCUGGAGGCAGUCAAUCGAGCUAGGCGACCAUUAUCAAGACCCAUUAAACCAGGAGAUAUUUUGCCUCCAGAGAGUGGAAGGGAGGUCGCCAAAGAGCUUGGCAUCCCAUACUAUGAGACAAGUGUUUUCGACCAGUUUGGCAUCAAGGAUAUCUUUGAUAAUGCAAUCCGAGCUGCCCUCAUCUCCAGACGCCACCUACAAUUCUGGAAGUCCCACUUGAGGAAGGUUCAAAAGCCACUGUUGCAGGCACCAUUUUUGCCACCCAAAGCCCCUCCACCACUUAUUAAGAUUCCAGAGUGCCCAACCAAAAACCGGGAUGGCCCGAGGCAGCUUCUUGAGAGCCCCCUGUGCGUUGAUGUUAUGUUUGUCAUCCAAGAACACAUCCAAUUGUUUGCCCACAGGAUCUACCUGUCUACUUCGUCCUCCAAAUUCUUCGACCUCUUUCAGAUGGACUUCUCCGAUGAGUCCCAGUGCUUGGUGGUAACUGAGCGUCACGGGCGGGAUCAACUGAUGCGCACCCUAAGCCUGGACACGGAAGAGGACAUCAUGGUUCUCCCCAAUCUUUCGCCUUGCUCGCUCAGGGCAUCCAAGAGUGACGGAACCCUCAAGAUGAUGAGUUUCAGUGGAAUGCACUGGCGCACCAAGCUGUCCCUGGCCUCUUGGAGCAAGGCCUUCCAUAGCAUCCACAAGGAGAACGUGAACAAUCCGGUCACGGGUGCGCCAGCUCUUAUGACUAUUGUCAAGAUGGAUCAUUCCAUCCACCAUGGACCGUUCAGCACUGUCCUACGCUUCCUCUACACUGGUGAGCUGGAUGAGAAGGAGAAGGACCUGAUGAAGAUCGCCCAGAUUGCAGAGAUCCUAGAAGUGUUUGAUCUUAGGAUGAUGGUGGAGAACAUCAUGAACAAUGAGGGCUUCAUGAAUCAAGAGAUCACAAAAGCGUUCCAUGUGAGAAAGGCCAACCGAAUCAAAGAGUGUCUCACCAAGAAUAACUUCACAGAUGUGGUGUUCAGGUUGGAUGAUGGCACCAUUAAUGCCCACAAACCACUGCUGAUCUCUAGCUGUGACUGGAUGGCUGCCUUAUUUGGGGGCUCUUUCAUGGAGAGUGCAAAUGACGAGGUCUCAUUCCCCAACACCAGCAGGGUAUGCAUGCAGGCAGUGCUGGAGUAUCUCUACACCAAUCAGCUGUCGCCCAUGGCAGACCUGGACCCAAUGGAGCUAAUCGCCCUGGCCAACAGACUGUGCCUUCCACGGCUCAUCGCCCUGACAGAGCAAUACGCUGUGAGCGAGUUCUUAAAAGCAUCUAAAGAUGGACAGGAUAUCGAUGGAGAGGUACUCACCUAUCUAGAGCUUGCUCAGUUCCAUAAUGCUAAUCAACUUGCUGCCUGGUGUUUACACCACAUCUGCACCCAUUACAACAGGAUAUGUGCCAAUUACCGCAAAGAGAUCAAGUCAAAAUCAGCAGAAAACCAGGAAUAUUUUGAGAAGCACCGCUGGCCUCCGGUCUGGUAUCUGAAAGAGGAAGAUCACUAUCAGCGGGUAAAAAAGGAGAGGGAGAAGGAGGAUGUGGUGUUGAAUAAACAUCACUCGCGAUGGCGCUGGUGUUUCUGGAGCACAUCCCCUGCUGUUGCUUGAGUCUGUACCCUCUUGUUUUAUUUUUAAAGCUCUUAUUUUCUUUUUUUUUCUUUUUUGCUAGGAAGAAACAGGCCACUCUACAUGAGCAUUCGGUUUGAAGCACAAUCUCAAUGUCCAAUCAAUGCUGGCCAUCGAAUAGGGAUAUUACUUAAGGUGUAAUAUUUGUUUUAAUAAUCGAGCUGAUGUGUUGGACUUGGUUGUGAUCUGACUGUGUUAGAAGCAUAAGAAUCACUUGAGACACUAAGAUGAUUAGGGAGUGAUUUUUCUUGUCUUUCCUUUUUCACUUAAGUGCUAUAUAGUGUAUAUUUGCAUUAACACAUUUUAAACUGUUAAAUGAAAUCAUCAAAGCGGAAAAUGCUCAUUAUGCCACUAAUUCUGAGCACAUGCAUUGAUUUACAAAAUUUCCAAUAUACAAUUCUGAGUUCAGGCAAAUUUUGGGUAAUGUGGUAAGCCUGUUUAUUGGACAACUUGUGAGCAAAAAUUAAGAGCACUUGAGGUUUGGGCUCGCUGUAGAUUGUAAUAUAAUGGAUGUAGUUUGAUCAUUGUGAUUGUAAGAGCUUACAGCAUUCAGCCCUAUGUAUGAACAUCAGGGACAGGAACGCAGUAGAUGGGUCAUUCCUCUUACGCAGCAUAUUUUGAACUUUUUUUUUCCCUAAAAAAUGCAUCGUUGCAUUUCUGUAAAAGGAUAUGCUAAACUUUCUGAAAUAUGUUCUCGUAAAACUCAGGCACUUAAAAUGUAUAUUGUUAUAACUUGAUUGAUUUACACAAGAACAAAAAUCAGGAAAAAAGUUACAGGAUGAUAUGGAAUAUGGUGGAAAAAAAUAUGCGAUAGGAGGAAAAUGUAUAUUUCGAAGCUUUGCGUUCACGUGCAAAUUUUUUGUGUUCCCCCAUGAAAUAUGGCAUUUGCUUGCAAAAGUUUUGCAAUCCAGUUUUCAAUCAGAAAUGCUAGUUAAUUUCAUGAAUAAUUACAAUAAAUCGGCAUGUAA